AGAAAAGGAUAAACAAUAAAACACGCGACAGAAAACUUUUGACAGCAGAAAAUUUCCCGCGAUACAGGACGAUUGUUAGAGUGCCUGUGUAUUCGUAGGAACUAUGUCCCGGAUUUCAGGAGAAACUAAGCUUUCCGAGAUUCGGGAGGGUUUUCACACGAACUACGAAUAAAUUCAGCUAUUUCCCUGUAGUUCGGAGAGUCAUUAUCCCGAAGGGAAAAUUUUCAAUCUUAGUGUGUACGUUUAGUACGGUGAUCUCCAGGUGUACUUGUGUGGGAGGCGGUGCAGGAAAAUGGUACUACGUACCGCCAUUAAUUUGGAGGUGGCAAAAUCCUUUAGUGACCGUUUUCGUUGGCAGUUGAAGCGCGCUGAACAUUCCUAUUGUCGAUUUAAAUAACCCCUCCUGGUCAACCUGAGCGUUAAAAUCCCCGAUGACGAUCUUGAUGUCAUGUUUUGCUCCAGAUGCGCGUAGAAUUCGCCAUUGUCGUCACCGGUACUUCCGAGUGAGGGUUGUACACGUUGAUGAUGUUGAUGUUGCAGAACAGGCCCUCAACCGGCACAUUCGAGGGUCAAUCGCUCACCACCCGAUCACGCACUUCUACAGCCUCCCCAUCACUACAAAAGCUGUUCCAAGCUCGUGUGUUGCCGCAGCCCUGGUGGAUGGUAUGACCAUCUCGAAACUCACGUACCGUGGAGCUCUUCUAGCAUACGCUCUGCGACGCUACGAAGUCGAAUAUGCGGCUCUUCAAUUCGUUGGAGAGCACGUGGGUACUGCCCAUGAAAUUAAGAGAUCGGCAGUUCCAUCACUGACCAUAUCCAUGUUCGCUGGUCUCUUUAAGUCACGUGGUUUUUUGCAGACUUACAUUCGCAUUGGAUAUCAUUAUUCAAAGUUUUUGAUAAUUUAUUGUUAAACAUAUUUUUUAUAACAGUUUAAAUAGUUUAUAUUAGAAGACAACUUUAAAUUUGAGAUGACCUCAGCGUUUCAUGAAUGGUUCAAUGUUAAGAGCACCGAUUAUUAUCUAUAGCCAUCACGAUGACGAAAAAAAAGAACGUUGACUUACCUCACAUAGAGAAAUGAAAAAAAAAAUCGUUCAUUGAUACGAACACCGGCUUUCAAUGAGAAAAAAAGCAAACAUUAACCGAAUGAGAUUGAGCCGCUUCAUUCCCAAAAAGCUCAUCAGAAGGCAGUAGAAUUUCGCGCUCGUAACAUUUGGAAAACAUUUCGGGUAUUCACGCGUUCAACAUGAAUUUAUACAAUUUGAGUACGUUCGGAGUAGAAAAAACUCGAGAAGAGCUGAGUAAGGAAUUCCCUCCAUGGUUUGUCAAUUUCCAAGACCCUUGGGAGCUGUAUCGAGCCCAGCCGAGUUACAUCUGGUGCCAGGUGGCAUUUUUCAUCGGCACAAUCCUUUGCCUGGUGCAUGCCUUCAAGCGGGGUGGUCGAUGGCCGUAUCUGUUUCUAGGUGCACUACUUCACGGCUUAGUCGUAGAGCUUAUCACCUAUUUUGUACCGAGUAUCGAUAAUUUUUGGCACUCGAAAACUCCUAUCGAUUUUUUUGGGCACCGACUGCCGCUCUAUAUCAUUUGCCUAUACCCUGUGUUCUACUAUCAGGCUCAUUGGGCGGUAUCGAAAUUGCACCUGAAAUGUCGCUGGUCUGAGCAUAUCGCAUCCGGACUUUUAGUGGUACUCAUAGACCUCCCAUAUGAUAUCGUAUCGGUUAAAUUCGUGCACUGGACUUGGCACGAUACGGAUCCUAACAUUGCUGACCGCCACUAUUGGGUGCCAUGGAAUUCGUACUACUUCCACGCCACGUUUGCAUUUGUGUUCUCCUACUUCUUCCACAAUGUCCGCAAGUGGAUUGAUCGACGAAAUUUGAAACGAUGGGAGACUGGUACGGUUCGAGCGGAAUUGACUGCAGUUGUGGCAGCUGCGCUGCUUGCAUUCCCUGGGGGAGCGUUACUUUUCAUUCCGCUGUACCAUCCCUUCCAUGACUUUUACAAUGUUUCCGGUGAAGUUACCGCUGUUACGCUGCUGGUUGCGGUAUUCACAAUCUUCUGGAAGUUCGAUCGCAAGAGUAAUCGACGACUACCGGAAAGAUUGGAUUCGACUGGUCGUGCGUUGAUGGUCCAUCUGGUUAUCCACUAUGUGACGUUUUUCGCGAUGGUCCUUUUCCUCAAUCCUGAGGAUGUUGUUGCAGCAGGACUCCACGAACCGGUUGGAGAUUGCUCGGCAAAGAUUCCGGUGCAUACGCUGCUGAAAACUCUCGAGAAGCGGACCUUUUUGUGCUUGUCCGACUAUGACGAGAAAUAUUUCGAUUUCCAUUGUUUGCCACGGUUGCCCAAAGAGGGAUCCUAUUGGUACACGAUCUGCGGGACACCCUUUGAAAAUCGUGCUGAAUACGUUCUAGUGCUUUCUUUAAUAAGUUUUGUAGCAUUUAUGGUGUUUAGAACAAUCCACGUGGAUUACGACAUUCGGUUCGAUUUAUACGAUUUGGUACCCAAACACAAGAGUGGCAAAAAUCAACCAGAAACAAAGAAACGAAAUUAAAUUAAAAAGAGCAUUUAUUAGAAUUAUUACUACGUUGUUCUAUGAACUUAAAUAGACAAACAUAAGGAACUCACUGUAAAAGAAAAUAAACUACUAAUGCUACCAAAACCACGCCAGCAGAAAUCCCACC